GUUGACGUUCAUCUUUUCCACUUUUGCCAGUCCAAGAUAGAACUAGAGCAGCCAAAAAAAGCACCCAUUGCUCCUCCCACGAGUCUCCACUGCAAGCAUCCUUUAACCUUUAUUCCGCCCCUUUGAAAAAUUAGAUUGGAGCUUUAAUUCAAAUCCUCUAGCAUUUUAGGUGCAACGCCGCCACAAGUUAAUUAUUCACAUUUGAAAUUAUGAAUCUACUACUCUCAAAGCAAGCCAUUGUAAUCAAGAAAGCAAGGCAUGUUUCAUUUUGUAUUGAAGCAAGGCGCUUUGCAAACAUUCCUGGAGAAAAGAAAUCUACUGCUGAAGAAAUCUCGGCGCUUCUGAAACACAAAAACUGGAAUUUCCUCUUGGAGUCAUCGGAAAUCCCUCAAAAGCUCAGUCCAGAUGUGGUCCACUCCGUGCUUGAUCGAAACAAAUUGGUUGUUAACCCAAAACGCCUGCUUGACUUCUUCGACUGGUCAAAUCACAAUCUGGGUGUGACUCAACACAUUGAUUCUUUCUCUAUUCUUGCUCUGGCUUUGUGCAAUUCAAACAAUUUUACACCCGCCAACCGUGUGUUUGAUGAAAUGCUUCAGAGAGGAUAUGCAGUGACGGAUAUUCUCAGCUCGUUGGUUAAAUGUUUUAAGGAAUGUGAUAGCUUUAGCUCGAAACCCGUGGCGUUUGAGUUGCUAAUUGACGCUUAUAGGAAUAAGCGUAUGCUAAAUGAGGCUGUUUCUGCGUUUUUGGGUUUUAAAAAUGAGGGCUUUUCUCCCAGCGUGUUGUGUUGUAAUACAUUGUUGAAUGAACUAUUGAAGGGCAAUAAAAUGGAAUUGUUUUGGAAGGUAUAUGAGGGAAUGCUGGAGGGCGAGAUGAGUCUUGACGUUUACACCUACACCAAUGUGAUCAAUGCUUAUUGCAAGGUUGGCAAUGUUAAGGACGCCAAAAGACUUCUUCGUGUUAUGGAAGAGAAGGGGUGCAGUCCAAAUUUGGUUACGUACAAUGUGGUUAUCAGAGGCUUGUGCGGGACUGGUACAGUUGACGAAGCGUUGGAGCUAAAGGAGUCAAUGGAAGCAAAGGGAUUGGUUCCUGAUAUCUAUACCUACAGCACACUUAUUGAUGGAUUCUGUAAGAAAAAGAGGCCCAGGGAGGCAAAAGUGAUUUUGGUUGAGAUGACUGACAGAAAUUUGGUACCUUCCGCCUAUACUUGUGGCGUGCUGAUUAAUGCUCUAUGCAACUCUGGAGAUCUCUGUCAAGCGAUUCUUGUUUUGGAGAAGAUGAUUGCAGCUGGAGUGAGACCAAAUGCUGUCAUCUACACCCCCAUCAUAAAAGGGUAUGUAGAGGAUGGUAAGUUUGACGAAGCAAAAGAAAUUGUGCAGGAUAUGUGGCAGAAAGGUAUCUUGCCUGAUAUUUUAUGUUAUAAUACAAUUAUUACUGGGCUCUGCAAGGUGGGAAAGAUAGAUGAAGCGAAAAUGUGUCUUGUUGAAAUGGAGAGGAGAAAAUUGAGGCCGAAUUCAUAUACUUUUGGGGCUUUUAUUUCUUGGUGUAGAGAGGCAGGGAAUAUGCAAGUUGCAGAGCAGUACUUCUGGGAGAUGCUAGAUCGUGGUGUAGCGCCUAAUUAUGCCACUUUUACGUCUAUUAUUGAUGGGUAUUGCAAAUAUGGGAAUAUAGCGCAAGCAUUUUCAGUACUGAAUCGCAUGCUUGAAAUAGGACGACUGCCAAAUGUUCAGCUUUAUGGUAUUCUUAUCAAUGCUCUCGCAAAGAACGGAAAAUUGCCAGAUGCCAGGAAUGUUUUAUCUGAGCUUUAUAACAAGGGUCUAGUUCCUGAUGUGUUCACUUACACAUCACUCAUUUCUGGUUUCUGCAAGCAGGGUAAUUCGGAAGAGGCUUUUCUACUACUUGAUGAAAUGUGUCAGAAGGGUGUUAGGCCAAGCAUCGUCACUUAUAAUGCCUUAAUAGGCGGUCUUUGUAAGUCAGGUGACCUUUCGAGAGCUAGGGAAGUGUUUGAUGGUAUCUCUGGAAAGGGUUUGGCACCAAAUGCUGUGACUUAUUCCACAAUCAUUGAUGGUUACUCCAAAGCUGGUGAUCUAAUUGAGGCAUUUCGCUUAUCGGAUGAAAUGCCUUCACAGGGUGUUCAACCGGAUGCCUUUGUAUACAAUGCUCUUCUUCAUGGAUGCUGCAGGGCAGGAGAGACAGAGAAGGCAUUGUCAUUAUUCCAUGAAAUGGUAGAAAAGAGAAUUGCAUCUACUCUUACUUUCAACACAUUAAUCGAUGGGUUAUGCAAGUUAGGAAGAAUGAGUGAAGCACUGGAGUUGGUGAAGGGUAUGUCUGAUAGGCACCCACCUGAUCAUGUAACUUUUACCAUUUUAAUAGAUUAUUGUUGCAAGAAUGGAAUUAUGAAAGAAGCAGAGGAUCUGUUCCAACAGAUGCAAGAGAGGAAACUGAUACCAACCAUUGUGACUUACACUUCACUCAUACAAGGUUAUCACAGAUUAGGAGACAAAUUGAAAGUGUUUUCACUAUUUGAGGAGAUGGUGGCUAGGGGUAUUGAGCCUGAUGAAGUAGUCUACAGCUCGAUGGUUGAUGCACUUUACAGAGAAGGGAAUCUACAUAAAGCUUUCAGUCUUUGGAAUGAACUUUUGGAUAAAGGUCUUCUGAAAGGACAUGUAAGUGAAACAUUAGUGCAGUCCUGGUGUGAGAAGGGAGAAAUUUCUGCACUAUUGGCAUCACUUAAUGAAAUAGGAGAGCAAGGUUUUGUACCUGGUAUUGCUAUGUGCAGUACUUUAGCCCAAGGAUUAGAUAAAGCAGGAUAUUCUGAAAAAUUACCAAUGGCUCUGGAGACCAUGGUAAAGUUUUCCUGGAUCUCUAAUUCCAUGACUUCAACUGACUUAAUCACGCGUUGUCAAAUGGAUGGGCAUACUGAAAGUGUUAGCAACCCUCCAAAGCAAUCAGCCUUUGAAGUUGCUCUUCAAGCCUAGCUCAACAAGAGUACUUUAUGCUGGAUUGUUCUGUUCUUUCUGCUGUUCCUGACUACGGAUGCCGAUGGCGAAGCACCUACAUCAAAGUUGAAAGCAUCCUGAUCACAGUAGAGGUGAUUUGGUCCGCUGCUGCUCCAUUAUUUUAUGGUAUAUGUUGCCUGAGCUCCUUCUUCUAGACACUGACCUUCCAAUGGUGGAGCAAUUAGCCUACUCAGGACAAUGAGUUAGCGGGUUCACAUUGUUGUUCUUACUGGGCAACCAGAUUGUGGUUAGAGAGGUGAGACUACUAUUUCUUUUGAGGUGUCUAAAAUCAGGUGUACUAACAAAUGAUGAAGUUUCAGCAUAAGUUAUUUGCCUGCAAACGGUGGAACUCAGAGAAGGUUCAUCACUUGUUUGAUCUGCCUUAUGCUCAUGUUAAUCUGAUAUAGGCUGUUUCCAAUUAAAGUAGCAAACGAUUUGUACCACAGCAGGUUUAUGUGUGACGAUAAGUGAAGUUGCUAUAUCACAAGAGAGCAAAGGAACUUGCUUCAUUAUUCUUCUGUUCGAUGGUCGCUCUGCUUAUGUCGUCUCCUAUCUGUGUGCUUUCUCCUGGUACUAUUUAGGGAAAGCAAGCGUGGUAUGCACAUUGGAGUAACUGAAGUAAUAUGCUCACUGAUUACCACAAUAAAGGCUAUUUAUAUAAAAAAGAAUGCUUGCUAGCUCAUAAUUUCCUUUUCUGCCUUAUAUAGCUUAUUGGAGAAGGAUCCAGGGUAGUGUAAAUUUGAACCUAGGAUUAAUCUCUUUCAGCUGCAGAUCCUUCACUCCCUAUCUGAUUAUUAAAUGUUUUAUAAGGCUUUAAUAAUUUUUUGGACACAAUUAUUUUGAUGAA